ACCUUAUGCACAUGAUUUGUUUUUACAGUUUAUAUACAAUGGGUAAUUGUCUAAAAAUUAAUAGUCCCGAUGACAUUUCCCUGUUGCGAGGCAGCGAAAGUUUUAGUGGUCAGGAUGGUGGACCGAUGCCAGUUUACCAGCAUGAGCCGAUGACCCAAGUGUUUUAUCCUACCUCUUCUAGUAGCCCUGAUGCUGCCGAUGCUGGGAAUCGCAUUUCAGAGGAGGAGCAGAUAAAAAUAGCGAAGCGCAUCGCUCUCGUUCAGCAUCUGCCCAUUGGCACCUACGAUGGCAACUCGAAGAAGGCACGCGAAUGUGUCAUUUGCAUGGUGGAGUUUUGUGUGGACGAGGCUGUUCGAUAUCUUCCUUGUAUGCACAUCUAUCAUGUCCAUUGCAUCGACGACUGGUUAAUCCGGAGUCUCACUUGUCCCAGCUGCCUGGAGCCAGUGGAUGCUGCGUUAUUAACAAGCUAUGAAACAACAUAGCGCAGUCUACACUAUUAAGAAAUUGUGUAUUAACGUGAGAACUAUAUAAUCGAGCCGAACAAAAUCAAUAACUGUUAGCAUAGCGCCAGAACGUAUAUUAUGCCGUCAAACUCGCGUCCUUUGAUAAAAAUGUCAACAAUAACGGAUCUGUUCUUAUUGCAACCUACAGACAAGUCAAAUGACACAAGUUUAUCAAAUGAGUGGUCAACAAAGUUUGAGUUUGAAUUAAAAAGGAGCAGCAUCCUAAUCGAUCGUAGCUGUUCGUCAUUGCUUUCAAUAGAAGAGGCGGUUAUCUUAUUAUUAUCU